UCCUCUCUGGUGGGAACAGCACCAUGUGGGUCGUUCUGCUGGUCCUCCUGGGGGCAGCCUGUGUGUUCUUCAUGGGGGUGGGACUGUGGGUCAUCUGUAGCCACUUCUUCACUACAGACAUCCCUGCAGCCAUCAGCCACCCUGCGAUACUGCGGAUUUUGCACUGUCUCUUCCAGCUGUCUGUGACCUGGGGCACCAUUUUUGAGAAACUGGGAAUCUGCUCUAUGCCUCAAUUUGUCUCCUUCAUACAUGACCUACCACCCCUGAAGCAGGACCCAGAUGUGGUGGUCAAGGACCUCCGCUUUGGGACUAUCCCAGUGAAGGUGUACCAGCCCAGGAUGUCCUCCUGCACUCCCCGGAGGGGCAUCCUGUUCUUCCAUGGUGGUGGGACCAUCAUAGAGAGCCUGAAAACCUACCAUGUGAUAUGCUGUCGUUUGUCCAAAGAGAGUGACUCUGUGGUUGUAGCAGUUGGAUACCGCAAGGCGCCUCAGCAUAAGUUUCCAACACCUGUGAGAGACUGCCUUGUGGCCUCCAUCCACUUCCUCAGGUCCCUGGAUGUGUACGGGGUGGAUCCAGCCAGGGUUGUAGUCUGUGGUGACAGCGCUGGAGGAGGAAUGGCAGCAGUAGUGUGUCAAAAACUUAUGGACUGGUCAGAUCUCCCCAAGAUCCGUGCCCAGAUUCUGGUCUAUGCUGCUCUUCAAUUAGUAGAUUUCCAACUCCCCUCCUACCAACAGAAUGCAAAUGUCCCCCUGAUCAGCAGGAAUUUUGCCUUCCGCUGUUUUUGUUAUUACAUGGACAUCCACCCCUCUUGGAAAAGCGUAGUUAUGAAACGUGCCCACUUGCCUGUUGAAGUGUGGGAGAAGUACAGAAAGUGGUUGGGCUCAGAAAACAUCCCAGAGAGAUUUAAGAAGAGAGGCUACCAGGAAGUACCCCUUGUGCCCCAUAACGAGGAUGCUUACCUGGAGACACACCAUGCUCUGGAUUGGAUGGAUAUGCCCCUGAUUGCAGAAGAUGAAGUAGUGUCUCGGCUCCCGGAAGCUUGCAUCGUGAGCUGUGAGUAUGACCCUCUCCGGGACGAUUCGCUGCUGUAUAAGAAGAGACUGGAGGACCUGGGAGUCCCUGUGACUUGGCACCACAUGGAGGAUGGUUUUCAUGGAGCCCUCAACCUGCUCGGGAGGGGCUACCUUUACUUCUCCUGCUCCACAGAUAUUCUAAAUGCCAUGGUCCAUUUUCUAAAGGGGUUGUGAUCAUCCUUCCUUCCCACUGGAGCUAUGAGAGCAUGGGUCCCACUAUCAACCAGUUCCCUAUGGGGCUCUCUGUUGCUGAUGUAGGUGAUGCUAAGUGAGGCGAGGGAGGGUGGGGAGACCGCCAUCUUUUUCUUGCUCCAGGUUCUAGAAUCCCAGAGUACAUGUUUCUCUGA